GCGGAGGGUUUAAAGACGUCCGCCCCACGUGACUACGCCGUUGCUGUUGCAUGCCGGGAGUAUUUCCUGAGUGAAGAUGGCGACGUCUCUCGGCUCGAACACGUACAACAGGCAGAACUGGGAGGACGCGGACUUUCCCAUUCUCUGUCAGACAUGCCUGGGUGAAAAUCCGUAUAUUCGUAUGACCAAAGAAAAGUAUGGCAAAGAAUGCAAAAUCUGUGCCAGGCCCUUCACCGUGUUCCGAUGGUGCCCGGGAGUCCGAAUGCGCUUCAAGAAGACGGAGGUGUGUCAGACUUGCAGCAAGAUGAAGAACGUAUGUCAGACAUGCCUGCUGGACCUGGAGUACGGGCUGCCCAUCCAGGUCCGGGACACGGGGCUCUCCGUCAAAGACGACAUGCCCAGAUCGGACGUCAACAAGGAGUACUACACGCAGAGCAUGGAGAGAGAGAUCCUGAACUCGGACGGAACGCGGCCAGUGGGCCAGCUGGGCAAGGUGCCCAGCUCUAGUGACAUGCUGCUGAAGCUGGCCCGCACCACGCCGUACUACAAGAGGAACCGGCCGCACAUCUGCUCCUUCUGGGUGAAGGGCGAGUGCAAGAGGGGCGAAGAGUGUCCCUACAGGCAUGAGAAACCGACCGACCCGGACGACCCGCUGGCCGACCAGAACAUCAAGGACCGCUACUAUGGCAUCAACGACCCGGUGGCCGACAAACUGCUGAAGCAGGCGUCCGCUAUGCCACGGCUGGACCCCCCCGAGGACAAGACCAUCACCACGCUUUACGUGGGGGGGCUGGGGGACACCGUCACCGAGGCUGACCUCAGGAACCACUUCUACCAGUUUGGCGAGAUCCGCACCACGACGGUCGUGCAGAGGCAGCAAUGUGCCUUCAUCCAGUUCGCCAUGCGGCAGUCGGCCGAGCUUGCCGCCGAGAAGUCUUUCAACAAGCUCAUCGUCAAUGGGCGCCGCCUUACAGUCAAGUGGGGCAGGUCUCAGGCCGCAAGGGGCAGAGAGAGGGACGGACUGGGAGAGGUGGGGCUGAAGCUGGAGCCGGUUCCGGGCCUCCCGGGAGCUCUGCCCCCCCCUCCAGCAGAGGAGGAAUCCUCAGCCAACUACUUCAAUCUGAGCCCCAGCGUGUCCCCCGCCAUCCUGAGCGUCUCCAUACCGCCUCCGCCUGGCAUAGUGCCCCCCCCACCUCCAGGUUUUGGACCAGCCAUUUUCCACGCUAUGGGCUCUCCCCCUCCCCCGCCCAUGUCCAUGAGACCUCCGGGACAGCUUCACUAUCCUUCCCAGGAUCCUCAGCGCAUGGGCGCCCAUGCCGGCCGGCACGAUGGCUCCUAACUCCCUGCCCCUUUUUUUAAAAAAUUUUAACCUGGUAAUAGACGAGAGACAGAAGAGGAGAGAUAUUCGGUGC